AUGGCGUCAGAAGGAGUUGUUAUCGGCUGCCACACCGUCGACCAAUGGAAGGAGCAGUUUGACACGCACGUCGGCUCUACCAAAUUGGUGGUUGUGGAUUUCACAGCCUCAUGGUGUGGUCCUUGCCGUAUGAUUGCACCAAUCUUGGCUGAGCUUGCUACAAAUAUUCCACAUGUUACCUUUCUUAAGGUUGAUGUUGAUGAACUUAAGAGCAUUGCUCAGGAGUACUCAGUGAGGUCAAUUCCAACAUUCGUGUUUCUUAAGGAAGGAAAGAUAGUGGACAAGGUUGUGGGUGCUAAGAAAGAUGAACUUAGUGCCUGUGUCGCUAAACAUGCAGGAGAGGCUACUGUUUCUGCUUAA